AUGGCAUCAAGAAAUCCAAUAACAUUCAAAGAAUUUAUAUCCUUAAUGAGUAAAAUUCAUCUCAGGAAAGGAGAACCACUUGGCGUGGCAGUGUCUGGUGGUGUUGAUAGUAUGACUCUUGGUUAUUUUUUAAAUAAGUUUAGCAAAGAAUUUAACCAUAAAUUAACUGCUUUUAUCAUUGACCAUAAAUUUCGUCCUGAGAGUACUGAGGAAUCUUAUAAGAUUCAAUCAUUUAGUUUAUUAGAUAUUGAUACAAAAAUUAUGCCAAUAAAUUGGGAAACUUCUGAAGAAAGCACCUUUCCUACAAUUUCUCAAAAAGAGACUUUCGCUCGUAUUGAAAGAUAUAAAUUAUUGGCUCGUGGUUGUCAUGAAAGAAAAAUAUCUUCACUAUUUUUAGGUCAUCAUCUCGGUGAUCAAUUAGAGACUGUUAUAAUGAGAUUAGCAAGGGGUAGUGGAAUUAAUGGGUUGACUUCAAUGGAAUAUAUUAAUCGAUUUCCAAUAGUAAGAAAUAUUGAGUCAUUAGGUAUUAAUAUAAUUAGACCAUUUUUGAGACUGACUAAGAAUAGAAUAAUAGAAACUUGUAAAGCUGAAAAUUUCCCAUGGUUUGAGGAUUCCACGAAUUUAUCAGAAGAUUAUAAAAGAAAUGUAGUAAGACUAGCAUUAAAUGAUCUUAAUCAACGAUAUUUAGAUGGUCGAUCCCAAUAUGAACCUUUAUCUACGGAAGGAUUGUCAAGAUUUAUGAACCAUAUGGAUUAUCAUAAAAAUUGUGUGAAAUCAAAAGGUGACGAGAAAUUUGAACAUUUUAAUAAGGGGACAAAUAUUAUUAUACCCCGGGAUUUUAAUUUGACCUCCUCAGGUGAUAAUGGAAUUUGUUCGCUUUAUUUACCAAAGAAUCUUCCGCAUGAUCACUGGUUCCGUGAAAAAUAUCUUGGGACUAGAAUAAUAGCCUUGAUUAUACGUUGGAUUCAGUGUAGUGAACAGGCGCCACGAUUGGAUUUUGUUCUUCGAUGUUAUCAACACAUAAUAUCAUCAUACAUAUCACAUAACCUGUCCAACUUCACUAUCCAUGGAAUUCUAUUAAGUCCUGGAAAAAUUACUCCUUUUGGAAACAUGGACUCUCAGCCUUGGAUAUUUUUUCGACAACCGUUUAAAGCAUCCCAUGAAAAUGUAAUUAUACAACAAAUAAAUUCAGGUGAUGUUAUUUUAUGGGACAAAAGAUUUUUUAUCGGUUUAGGUAGAAAUAUACCAUUAUCAUACAAAAACUCCAUUUUUAAAAUUCGAAGAUUCCGUGAGUCUGACAUUCACAAGUUUUUCAAGAUAAAUACAACACUUGAAAGUCAAAGAAGAUUUCAAUAUUAUUUGUCACAAGUACCUCCUGUUGGUAGAUACACAAUUCCAGUACUAAUUAGCCAAGAUAAACAUACAAUCUCCGAAAUGUUGAUGAGUUAUCCUACUUUGAAUAUCAUUUUAUAUCCAGAAAUCCAUUGUUGGUCUAGAUUUCGAGGACAAAUUAUUUACACGUGA